UUAAAAGCAGAUUCUCUCAGGAGGCGGUGUCGCGGUGCAUGAAUAUUGAUUACGCAGCGCCGCGCGGAGCGCCCGCCCCUCUCGGCUGGCCGACGCUCGCGGCUCGCGCUCGGGCUCGCGAUGGGGAAGAAGUCCCGGGCGGUACCCGGCCGCAGGCCCAUCCUGCAGCUCUCUCCGCCGGGGCCCCGAAGCAACACACCGGGCAGGGAUCCGGAGCCGGAACCCGACACAGAACCGGACUCGACGGUGGCGGCGCCCAGCCAGCCAGCUCCGGCGGCGCCAUCGACGACGACGACCACGGUGACUACUGCCGCCGCGGGCCCGGACGACUCGCCUUCAGAAGGUAAAGAUGAACAGGAAGUGGUGGUGGAGGUUCCCAGAGUUGUUCAGAAUCCUCCCAAACCAGUCAUGACCACCAGACCUACAGCCGUUAAAGCAACAGGAGGUCUGUGCUUGCUUGGUGCAUAUGCUGACAGUGAUGAUGAUGAGAGUGAUGUUUCAGAAAAACCAGCACAGUCUAAAGAGGCAAAUGGAAACCAGUCAGCUGAUAUUGAUAGUACACUGGCCAACUUCCUAGCGGAGAUUGAUGCUAUAACAGCUCCUCAGCCUGCAGCUCCUGUAGGAGCUUCUGCUCCACCUCCAACUCCACCUCGACCAGAGCCAAAGGAAUCAGCAACAUCUGCCCUUUCUUCUGCUACUUCAAAUGGAACAGACUCAACUCAGACUACAGGGUGGCAGUAUGAUACUCAGUGUUCACUUGCAGGAGUUGGAAUUGAGAUGGGAGAUUGGCAAGAAGUCUGGGAUGAGAACACAGGAUGCUAUUAUUAUUGGAACACACAAACAAAUGAAGUGACUUGGGAGUUACCUCAGUAUCUUGCCACCCAGGUACAGGGAUUACAACAUUAUCAGCCCAGUUCUGUAACAGGUGCUGAAGGUAAUUUUGUGGUUAAUACAGACGUGUAUACUAAGGAGAAAAACAUUUCUGUUUCCAGUAGUAAAAGUGGACCAGUCAUAGCCAAGCGAGAAGUUAAAAAGGAAGUAAAUGAAGGAAUUCAGGCUCUCUCAAAUAGUGAGGAGGAGAAGAAAGGGGUGGCAGCAUCACUGCUUGCUCCUUUGUUGCCUGAGGGAAUAAAAGAGGAAGAAGAGAGAUGGAGAAGAAAAGUAAUUUGUAAAGAAGCAGAGCCAGUUUCAGAAGUGAAAGAAACAAGUACAACAGCAGAAGAAGCAGCAACUAUAGUAAAACCACAGGAAAUUACAUUGGACAACAUGGAAGACCCUUCUCAGGAGGAUCUUUGCAGUGUUGUUCAAUCUGGAGAAAGUGAAGAAGAAGAGGAACAAGAUACCCUUGAGCUGGAGCUUGUUUUGGAAAGAAAAAAAGCAGAGUUACGAGCCUUGGAGGAAGGAGAUGGUAGUGUGUCAGGGUCUAGUCCAUGUUCUGACAUCAGCCAGCCAGCGUCUCAGGAUGGAAUGCGUAGACUUAUGUCUAAAAGGGGGAAAUGGAAGAUGUUCGUUCGAGCUACAAGUCCAGAAUCUACCAGUCGGAGUUCUAGCAAAACUGGACGGGAGACUCCAGAAAAUGGAGAAACUGUAAUUGGUGCUGACACUUCAGAAAAAAUAGAUGAGAAUUCAGACAAAGAGAUGGAAGUAGAAGAAUCUCCAGAGAAGAUAAAAGUACAAACAGCACCUAAAGAAGAAGAACAGGAUUUGAAAUUUCAGAUUGGAGAACUGGCAAAUACCCUGACAAGUAAAUUUGAAUUCCUAGGCAUUAAUAGACAGUCCAUCUCCAACUUUCAUGUGCUGCUCCUACAGACUGAGACUCGGAUUGCAGACUGGAGGGAAGGGGCUCUUAAUGGAAACUACCUUAAACGAAAGCUUCAGGAUGCAGCAGAACAACUAAAACAGUAUGAAAUAAACGCCACUCCUAAAGGCUGGUCCUGCCACUGGGACAGGGAUCAUAGACGAUAUUUCUAUGUAAACGAACAGUCGGGCGAGUCUCAGUGGGAGUUUCCAGAUGGUGAGGAGGAGGAGGAAGAAAGCCAAGCACAAGAAAGUAGAGACGAGACUCUUCCUAAACAGACCUUGAAAGACAAAACUGGGACUGAUUCAAAUUCUGCAGAAUCCUCUGAGAAUUCCACAGGUUCUCUUUGUAAAGAGUCCUUUUCUGGCCAAGUUUCUUCAUCAUCGCUCAUGCCACUUACUCCAUUCUGGACCCUCCUUCAGUCAAAUGUGCCUGUGCUCCAACCUCCUUUACCUUUGGAAAUGCCACCACCCCCACCUCCACCCCCAGAAUCCCCUCCUCCCCCUCCCCCUCCCCCUCCUCCUGUAGAAGAUGGUGAGAUCCAGGAGGUAGAGAUGGAGGAUGAGGGAAGUGAGGAGCCUCCUGCCCCAGGAACAGAGGAGGAUACUCCAUUGAAACCCUCGACACAAACCACGGUUGUAACUAGCCAGAGUUCGGUUGAUUCUACCGUCUCUAGUUCUCCUUCCACUAAAGCGAUAAAAAGAAAAGCUACAGAAAUUAGUACUGCAAUAGUUCAGAGGUCGGCUACCAUUGGUAGUUCUCCAGUGCUCUACAGCCAGUCAGCUCUAGCUACAGGUCACCAGGCAGCAGGGAUUGGACACCAGUCUGCAGGGAUUGGACACCAGGCAGUAUCGGUUAGCCAUCCAGCAACAGGAAUGGGUCAUCAAGCUAGAGGAAUGAGCCUACAGUCAAAUUACCUAGGACUGGCCUCAGCUCCUGCAAUUAUGAGCUAUGCUGAAUGUUCUGUCCCAAUGGCAGUGACUGCUCCCACAUUGCAGCCAGUCCAGGCCCGAGGUGCUGUGCCUACCACUGCCAUUAUUGAACCACCACCACCACCUCCUCCUCCUCCUCCUCCACCACCACCACCAGCUCCUAAAAUGCCACCACCUGAGAAGACCAAAAAAGGAAAGAAAGAUAAGGCAUUCUCCUUAGAAGCUUGGGAUCCAAUAGUGAGUCAGACAAACAAAUCCUGUUUUUGUGGAGAUUCCCUUCCGGAGGGCUGGAGAAGAAGGGGGAAUGGGGAGACAAAUAGGCAAACAAAGAAGAGUAAAACCAAAAUGCCAUCUCUGGUAAAGAAGUGGCAGAGUAUCCAGCGUGAGUUAGAUGAAGAGGAGAACUCUAGUUCCAGUGAAGAGGACCGGGAAUCAACCACACAGAAGCGAAUCGAAGAGUGGAAGCAGCAGCAGCUGGUCAGUGGCAUGGCAGAGAGGAAUGCUAAUUUUGAAGCGCUUCCUGAGGAUUGGCGAGCAAGACUGAAGAGGAGGAAAAUGGCUCCAAACACAUAGUUUUGUGGGGGGGGCGGGGGGUUUUUUAUUACUGAUUUUUUUCUUCUUGGCGUUCAGUUCAGAGUCUUCACCAGUUUUACUGUUGUCAAUAAACUAUAAAUGUUAUGAGGGAGAGCAUAUGAAUUUCCUGGGCAAAAGCAUACACACGUACAGCGUUUUCACAUUUGUGAAAUGUAAUUUUUGUUUUGCUGAAGGGUGAGGUUGACCGAGUGCUUUGACGUGGCUGCCUUUAUUCUCACACUGGCAAGCUCAGCAUAUCAGGUACAUUAACCUCAUUGAUCUGGAACAUGUGAUUCAGGAGUGUGAUACAUCAGCAGAGGACUCACUGACAAAAAGUGAAGGAUUUUCCGUCUCAUAGAGGCUCACCUAGUUCCUAGUGCGGCUCUCUCUCAUUAACUUCUACUCCAGAACAAGUGCAAUUAAGAAGGCAGCUCUGUAUUCUGUUUUGCUUAACUGGGAUUAUCGGAAUCUGACCUCUUCCAGCCUGCCAUCCCUCAAGUGCUGAGGUAUAGUGAGGCGUUUCCCUUGUGCUGACAGAUGACCACACACUCUGGAGAGCUCUUUCUCACACCUAGAACUGGUAGCUCAGUCAUUUCACACACUAGUGGCGGAUUCAAAUUUCAGUACCGGCAGCAGCAGGUGAUCCUAUCUUUAAGUUUGAGGAUUUCCCCUCAUCUGUGUGGCAGGAAAUACAACAAGAGCCACUGUAUGUAUUAAUGUGUCUCCAUUGUCUUAACUUUGUUCCAAAAUUCACCUUCCUUUUAUGUGAAUGUACUCUCCAUAAAAUUCCAGUAUUUAAAAAGCAGUUUACUGUUCUGUACUUUCUGUUGUAUCACAAUCAGGUAAAAGUCACUUUAAACUGAAGAAACGGCAAAUUGUGUUUUAAAGCUGUUUGUAUUUCUCCAGUUUCUGGCCUUGUAAAUUUGUAUAUAUGCUCUAAUAAAGCUUUUUUUAUACUUCUGA